AUGGCGUUUUCCAUGAGCCUUAAACCCACACUCUACACAUUUUGCACUCAUGGCUUUCACCAUGAGGCCAUGGCGUUCGUCAUAGAUUUUGAGUUUAUCAUUUCUGCUUUUAUCGUUUUUACUAUUAUUACUGUUGCUGCUAUUAAAGUUCGAAUUUCAAUUCGUAUUGUUUUUGUUAUUGUUCAUUGCACUAUUAAGGUUAGGUCUUCAAAUAGAAAGAAUUAUAGUGUUAGGCCAAAUUACAUUGGAGUUGUGUUGCCUAGGUCUACUUGUGAUAUUACAGUUACAAUGAGAGGACCAAAGGAAGCACCUCUUGACAUGCAAUGCAAAGAUAAGAUUAUCAUUCGAAGCAUAGUUGCAAAGCACGAAACAAUCAUAAAAGAUAUCACUUCACAAAUGUUUUAUAAAGAUUCCGGCUAUGAGGUUGAAGAAUGCAGAUUGAAUGUUGUUUAUGUCGCUCCUCCUCAAUGAACAUAUUAUCAUGUUUUGUGUCUACUCGAUUCAACUAAAUGAUUGAUUUAUUGCAUGCAUUUAAUUCUUUUAUGCCAAAU